GGUAAACCCCUGCAGUACCUCUGUCCCUGUGGCAAACAAUACAAAUGGGCUGACAGCCUUAGAAGACACCAGAGGGUAGAAUGUGGCAACAAGGAGAAGAGAUUCCAGUGUCACGUAUGCAAGAAGAAAUUCAAAUACCGAUACGACUUGCGCAAUCACUUGGUCAUCCACAAUUCUUAUUAAUACUCACUAAAAAUUUAUUGAAAAAGAAAAAGACAAUAAACAGGACGAAAACCCAUAUCGCAUCCUUCAAUCAACUUCCCGAUUUCCCUGGUGAUGUCAUAACGGUGAACGAGUACGCCCGCUCGUCAGUGAGUCCUAUCGACUGGUACUAUCACUAUCAGAGUAUGUAUCUGCGUUUGGUUGCUGAGAAUCAGAUUACCGAGGCUAACAUUGGUUUAACUGAUUACGGUUACGAGGAUAGACAGCAUGGACAGGUAAAUCCGAAAGAGAGUCCUUCGGAUAACUCAGGGAAUUACUCGGCCCAACCCAGUGGCUACUUCUGUCCCAAGUGUGGAAAUGCGUACAGCCGUCCACAUUCAUUGAAUCGUCAUAUUCGAUUUGAAUGCGGUGUCGAGCCCCAGUUCGAGUGCCCCAUUUGUCACAAAAAAUCCAAACACAAGCAUAAUCUUGUUUUACACAUGAGAACUCACCAGAAGUCCCAAUAGGGCAAUUAAUUUAAUUAAUUAAAUUAAUUUUUUGAUACAGAUUCCAGAGAAUUAAUUCAUUUCAAACAAAUUCAUCUUACUAAAUUUAAUCUUCACCUAUUGCAAAAUAUUGUUUAUUGAAAAUACUUAAUUUACUCUUAUCUAGGUUUAAAUUCGUUAUUCCAUCUUUAUCAUGAUUAUUAUCACGUUGGAAUUAGAAUAGUUUAUUCAUGCGUUCCAAAGAUUGAGGGCAGUACUGUUUGCAGUAAAUUUUGUUUAUUUUUAUUUCUGAGAGAAAAUGGAAAAUGUCUUUCUACUGAAUUAUUAUAUUAUUAGAUGUAAGUAUGUAAGUAAUACACAUCUGUGAUGCGAUACAGCUCAUGGCUGACCAAAACCUCAAGGUAAUGAGAAAAAUAUUUUUCGUAAUUACCGUAAUGCUACGUCAUGAGACAGUGGAAUAAAUUCCGAUAGUCGUAUUUAAGAAAUGAAGUCUGAUAUAAUACGAGAAAUAUAUACAUGUUAAACAUUUAAUCAAUUGUUAAAAAACAAAUGUAUAAUUGACAGAAUAAA